AUGAGGUUGACCACAUCCUUUCUGCUAUGGGCGGCCACAUCAGUGCUCCAGGCUGAUGCCACCCAGACUUACCGCAGCCCAACCGGUCCUGAUCCCUAUAGAGCAUACCCUCCACAGUACACUACUUCCUACACUACCAUCACCUCAACCAUCCAUAGCUGCCCGCCUCGGACAACGACCGUUUUCACUUCUUCUCCUCCUGAUGACGGGUGCAAGUACCCAGGGUGUCCAAACAAGCCACCGACACCCGGUAAUGAUGUCAGCUGUCAGAUAUACUGCUGGGCAAAGGGGUGUUCAUUAUGCAAAAAUGACACCUGUCCCGACACUGGGGGCCUCUAUAAACGCCGUGAGGCGUUGAAGAGUUUCUUCCCUCGCGACACUGAGAAUACCAAAGGCGGCAAUUUCCACCCGGAAACGACUUGCUGCUGCUGUUGUGAGACUGGAGGCGGGAAACAUACAGUCACUGUUACCAAAACGAAGACCGAGACCGAGACCAAAACUAAGACCGAGACUGCCAGUAUCACCAAGAUUAUCACUGACUAUGUCACCAGGACCGUCUUGGUCCCGACGACGGUCUUCAACAAAACUACCAUCAUUGACCCCACAACAGUGCCAACGACCGUUCCCACGACUAUACCUACCACUGUUUAUAACGAGACCACCAUCCACGAUUCUACAACCAUCUCGACAACUGUUAUUCAGCCCACUACGGUCUCCACCACGACCACGCUUACAACCAUAUUCACAACUGUGGUGCCCACGUAUAUAACGACAACCACUUAUGGGACCGUUACGUCCGUUGUAACUGUCAUGGUACCUACUACUAUCACGUCAACCUACGUGUCUACAAUGUACACUACCCUACCGGGUACGACUCUCACCACUUCAGUGACAGUGCCAGGGCCUACCAUAACCCCUCCUCCUGUUACGCUGCCGCCGGAAACCGAGGUCAUUACCUUGCCUGCAUCUACCGUUACCAAAGUGACCACACUUCCAGCAAGCACCACGACCGUGACCAGCACUCUGCCUGCUAGCACGAUUACCCAAUCUGGAACCACAAUCACACUCCCCGGAAGUACCACGGUGAUAACCUCAACAAUUCCCGCCUCGACAAUCACUGAAACCUACACUGAGCCUGGGACGGUAAGCACAGUUACUAGCACUCCGCCACCGGAGACUCAUGUAAUCACCCUUCCAGCAAGCACCAUAACCGUGACCAGCACUUUGCCUGCUAGCACGAUUACCCAGUCCGGAACCACAAUCACACUCCCCGGAAGUACCACGGUGAUAACUUCAACAAUUCCCGCCUCGACAAUCACCCAAACCUACACUGAACCUGGGACGGUUAGCACGGAGACUCAUGUGAUCACCCUUCCAGCAAGCACCAUAACCAUGACCAGCACUCUGCCUGCUAGCACGAUUACCCAGUCUGGAAGCACAAUCACACUCCCCGGAAGUACAACGGUGAUAACUUCAACAAUUCCCGCCUCGACAAUCACCCAAACCUACACUGAGUCUGGGACAGUUACCACGGAUACUCAGGUAAUCACUCUACCAGGUUCGACAGUCACCAUGGUCACCACUCUUCCCGGGACUAUCACGACGGUGACUCAAACACUACCUGCCACUACUAUCACCGAGUCUGGAACUACAGUGACAAUUCCCGCCAGUACCACAGUGAUUACAUCUACUCUGCCGGCAUCGACAAUAACUCAGACACUGACGGAGCCAGGCGAAGUAACUACCAUCACCAAAACCAACACUGUAACUACAACAACGACAACUUUCUCCAUUUCUCUCUGCCCGACCAGGGCUGCGAACCCAACGUAUACUCCACCAGCGCCACUCCCAUCGAAUUACAUUUGGGGAUGUCCUCCCGGGCAACUUUGCAGACCAAAACGCACCCCUUCGGAUGGACAGUGCAACUUUGAGGUUGGGCUUCCAAGUCGGAACUAUGUCUGUAGCCCCGAUGAGUGUAUUCCUAGUCCACCAAGACACCCCCCACAGAAGUGGGCGCCUGGUAAGGUGGAGAAGUGGGUUGUUUCUCCUGGUUACUACAACCUAGACCCAAGGAAAUUCGGACUUACAUUCGAUAUUUUCUCAUUUGAUAACGCGACGGCGACUUCUCAAGGUUAUUUCCGCCGCUCCCUGUCCGCGCUUUUCAGGCGUGAUCCUGAAAUUGCGGCGAGCGAAUGUUUUGAUGAGUGUAAUGCAGCUACAACUGAGGGAGAGGCUGUUGGAGCAGAUCCUGAGUUGUGCGAGGCAGGCUCACUGUUUAAGAAGCUUGUUGGGGAGUGCCAAAAAUGUACCAACGAAAGAUCUAAUGGUACAUUCUCAGACUUUGACCAUGUUCUCCUCCCGGAUUUCCAGCAAUGGCUCGAUUACUGUGAAUCCAUUCCUAUCCCCACUGGCCCUACAACUAUGCCUGAGCCUGGGAUGACUUCUACUCACGAACCAUCGUCUACUCCUUCUACGGCCACUAGCUCUAUGACUUCUAUGACAACACCCACUACAUCAGAGUCAUCUUCUACCCCAACAGCAUCUUCUUCAACUAUAACAUCGAGUGAGACUUCCACUACUAAGUCAAGUACGUCCCAUUCUAGUGAAUCAUCAACGCAGUCAUCGUCUACGGAAACGACUGAGACCACUUCUACAGCAGAUCCCACACGUACCACAGAGACUACUUCGACGGAGUCGUCAAUGGAGUCAACAUCUACACCCACCCAUUCGAAUACUGAAAGCGAGCCGGAAUCAACCACGACGCGCCACCCGUCUUCGACAGGUAGUAGUUCCACUACCACUCGCGGCGGCGGAGGAGGUAGCUCUUCUGAUCCCUCCCAAGGUCCCGAGCCCACGAGUAUGGGUACGCCGACGACUACCGGCGGCGGCUCCAUCCCUAGCUCAGGAUCCAGCAUGCCACCUUCUUCCACGGACCCCGUCCCAUUCCCUGGAGGUGCAGGAUCUCUUUACCCUUCAGCUUGGGGUAAGGUUGUGACUUGCAUUUCCAGCUUGGCAUUACUCGUUGCGUUUAUAUAA